ACUGUGACGUUUUAAGGUUCCCGCCAACGAUACAUGUAUGUUCCUCCCUAAACAGUGAACAUGCCCUUAUGCAAAUACAUGUUUCUGGAUCGAAGCAAAUGAAAUCUGCAUGAAAGUAAAGAAUAACGCGAGAGGGCAUUUUGGGGGCCUUAACAUGCUCAAAAACUCUUGAAAAUCAGCACACACAUUGGAAUCUGCGGUCAUUAGGACACUGCAGAGACUGGGACCCGGGCGUGGCACAGGGGUUCUACAGCGCCCCCUGGAACACCUUCCCAAAUGUGUGUGUGGAGGGGGGUUAGUUUUUGCUACAGACACCAAACUCGGGACUGCAAAAACAUUUAAAAUAUCACACUUGUAAACUGGCUGAUGAAGACUGUAAUACCAAGGAUGAACACAAGAUGACUCAUAGGAGUUCCAGAAAUAUUAAAAAUGACUGAAGUGACAGAAAUUGGGCAAGAGUUGGCUCUUGUUUCCCCAUCUGACAUUGUAUUUUGUGAUCCUGGAGAUGAUGCUGUUCUGUCGUGUCAUCUUAAGCCAGCUAUCAGUGCUGUUUCAAUGGAGAUCAAGUGGUGGAAUAAGACUGAUCUGGUCUGUCAUUAUAAGAACAGACAGGUGACAGUGAGCAGACACUAUGAGGAUCGAGCAAGUUUCUCAUUGCAGGAGCUAAACACUGGAAAUGUGUCUUUGACUAUCAGAGACGUCAGAAGGUCACAGAGAGGCAUCUAUAUUUGUGCGGUCACCCAUGGAUGUCAAACUAUAAAGGAAUAUAUUUUUCUCCAUAUCUGCUCUCAAGAUGUCAAACUUGUGGUUCCUACUGGCCCUGUGUGCACUGACUCUGGAUCAGACGUCAUCUUACCUGCUCAUCUCUUACCUGAAACCAAUGCUGUGUCCAUGGACAUCAGAUGGUUUAAAGGAACAGAGCUUAUUUAUCAGUAUAAGAACGGGCAGGAUAUGACAAACAAUGACAGACUCACAAUGAACCGAGUGAGUCUGUCCACGCAGGAGCUGAGGAGAGGAAAUCUUACUCUGUGUUUGAGUAAUGUUAAUCAGUCAGAUUCAGGAGACUAUACAUGCAAACUUAUUCAUAAUCAAUAUCAAAAGACACAAGUAAUUCACUUGCAAGUAAGAGAGCUUCAAAAGCAUGAGCAUACACACAAAAGUAAGCAUCAGGCUGAUGAGCUGACAUUUCAAAAAACACCCAAUUAUGGGGGCACGUAUACAGAGGAGAGAAAUAUAAUGUGGAAAGAGAGAGUGGUGAUCAAAACACAAGACGAACAAGAGAAGGGAAUACUGUAA